AUCGUGCGCUUUGUCCUUGCCUCGCAAAAAAAAUGGGGAUAAUUCGCAAAAUAUUCUCUCAUCUCUAAUCCGUUAUGAGAAGCUGAACACGUCCCUGCAAAACCUCCUUCAAAAGCUUCUCAUCCAUGGCCAAGACACUCAUUUCUUCUCCCUCAUUCAUCGGUACGCCGCUUCCCUCGCUCCCUCGCCACCACUCCCCCCACCGCACCAGGCUAGUCACCACCAAGGUUAACUUCAGCUUCCACCAAAUUCCCUCAAUUCAAUCCAUUGACCACUCCAUUGACUUCGCCGGAAUCGUCACCAGAGCUGAAGGCCUUCUUUACACGCUCGCCGAUGCCGCGGUUGCGGCGGACCCGGCGACUUCCACCGACGUGGCGACCUCCACCGAUGUUGCCGUACAGAAGAACGGAGGCUGGUUCGGCUUCAUCUCUGAAGCCAUGGAGUUUGUUCUCAAGGUGUUGAAGGAUGGUCUUUCUGCAGUGCAUGUGCCUUAUGCAUAUGGAUUUGCUAUCAUAUUACUCACUGUUGUAGUUAAGGGCCUUACGCUUCCCUUGACAAAGCAACAGGUUGAAUCAACACUGGCUAUGCAAAAUCUUCAACCAAAAAUUAAGGCCAUUCAACAAAGAUACGCUGGCAAUCAGGAAAGGAUACAACUUGAGACAUCAAGGCUAUAUCGGCAGGCCGGGGUUAAUCCACUGGCAGGUUGUUUACCGACUUUGGCUACGAUUCCAGUUUGGAUUGGUCUCUAUCAAGCUUUAUCAAAUGUGGCAAAUGAGGGACUUUUAACAGAGGGUUUCUUUUGGAUCCCCUCUUUGGGUGGUCCUACUACCAUUGCUGCCAGGCAGAGUGGAUCUGGAAUUUCUUGGCUUUUUCCGUUUGUGGAUGGACAUCCACCUUUGGGUUGGGGUGAUACCGCAGCAUAUCUUGUCUUACCUCUUCUUCUUGUUGUUUCUCAAUAUGUGUCAAUGGAAAUCAUGAAACCUCCUGAGACAGAUCCUUCUCAAAAGAAUUCACUGCUUCUUUUCAAGUUUCUUCCACUCAUGAUUGGCUACUUCUCCUUGUCUGUCCCAUCAGGACUAACAAUUUACUGGUUUACAAACAAUGUCCUGAGCACAGCUCAACAAGUAUGGUUGCGCAAAUUUGGAGGUGCAAAGCCUGUUGUGAGUGAAAAUGCUAGUGGAAUUAUUACUGCAGGGCGUGCUAAAAGAUCAGCUUCGCAGCCAGAAAGAGCUGGUGAAAGGUUUAAGCAGUUAAAAGAAGAGGAGAAGAAGAAAAAGUUAAGCAAGGCACUUCCUGUGGAAGAAGUUCAGCCGCUGGAUUCUGCUUCUGAUGAUGUCUCGGAUGUAGAAAGUGACAAUAAGGGACAGGAGGUAGGAGAAGAAGCUUAUGCUUCUAAAGUUGGCGAAGAGGUUCAACAAAGUUUUUCUAGGGAAAGAAGAAGCAAGCGUUCAAAGCGGAAGCGUGCUGUAUAACGGACAGCUUUCGGUUGUUUGUAGUUUAUAGCGAGUCUUGUAUAUCUCAAGAGAUUAUAACAUUUUUGGGUUGGCAAAAUUUAUUGAAUUUGUAAUUUAAUCCAGCAAAUUAUCUUUGUUGCGUUAAGUUGUUCUACAUGUUAGCCAAAGCAAAUUGUCUUGUGACAUUGUUUAAUUUCUUACAGUUCAGAAUAUUUUUUUGCCCCUGGAACCUGGGGAGCAUAAAAUCUUACAUGGAAUGGAGAGAGACACGGCAUGCUGACUAUUGAAACAUAUUGUUGAACGGAAUCCGAAUUUUGUUAAUGUUAAAACCAAGUUGAGAGACGAUGGUGUUAG